GGGGAAUGCCAACAUUUUAUAUCUAUAUAAGAUAUUCACUGAAUCAAAUGUCUGCAUAGAAUCCCGAAUAUAACGUGUGGGCACACCUUAUAUGUUUUCUUAUUAAUCAUUUCUAAGACUUACAUUUCUCUUACUAUUAAUUGGGGAUACAUUUACACAGAGAAGGAAUAAAUAUUAUGACAAAUCUCACAAAGAUUACCACUCUUAUUCUUGUGGGUCUAUCAGACCAUCCACCAACCAUGAAUGGACUUUUUGUGUUCUUCCUUCUCAUCUAUCUGAUGACUCUUAUCACAAACCUUCUUAUUUUUUUCUUGGUCCUCACUGACUACAAUCUGCACAACCCAAUGUAUUUUUUUCUCAGCAAUUUGGCUUUUCUGGACAUGUCCUAUUCAUCAGUUAGUGGACCAAAGAUGCUCUUUGACUUGGUCACCAAAAACAGAUCAAUAUCCCUCCAUGCCUGUAUAUCCCAAGUCUUUUUCUUUGUCUAUUUUGCUUGCUCUGAGCUCCUCUUGCUCUCGGCGAUGUCCUACGACCGGUACGUCGCCAUCUGCAAACCCCUUCAUUACACACAAAUUAUGUCCUGGAGGUUGUGCAGUCAUUUAGCGGUUGUAAUUUGGGUCUUUGGGAUUAUUUAUUCCUUGGUUCAUACUCUUUGUUUGCUAAGGUUGUCCUUCUGUGGCCCAAAUUCCAUCCACAACUUCUUCUGUGACCUUCCACACUUGUUCGAGAUUUCAUGUACUGACCCAACAAUGAACAUAGUGCUCAUUUUCACUUUCGGAGGCAGCCUUUCGUUAUCGGCCCUUCUUUUCACAUUCCUUCCAUAUGUCCGUAUUCUCAGAACAAUUCUCCAAAUUCGUGGCAAAACUGGAAAGGUAAAAGCUUUCUCCACCUGCACAUCACACCUCACCGUGGUCUCCAUCUUCUAUGGCUCCAUCAUUUUUAUUUACUUGGUUCCCUCCUCCAGCAAUAUGUUCAGUGUGAACAAACUGCUUUCUGUGAUAUAUGCCCUCAUUAACCCUUUACUUAAUCCUCUGAUCUACAGCCUGAGGAAUGCCGAUCUUAAGGCAGCAUUCAGGAGGACUUUCACUUUCAGGAGGACUAAAAAAUAAACCAAUCCAG